AUGGCGCGCUACAAAAACCCCAAGUCUCCGGCUAAGUUGAAACAGCAGAUCGUACUUCCCACCUGUAAACUCGACUCCAACUUGGUUUUGUUGCCAGGGAUUAUAUACAACGUUACGUUUUCUCGUUUCAAAGCUGCUGCGUUGUUGUACCGUUACAAGGAUCUUGUAUCGCAAGUCUCAAUAAUAAACAACUUGCUCAACGAAUAUGAGUUCAAUCCGUCUAAAGAUUCGGACUCAGUUGAAGAAGACGAUAUGGUCACAAGUCCUAUCACUAUCUCAAAGGUCGCUGUGGAAGGUAUUGAACAGUUUUUCAAAUACGAAGCAGCAUUCAAGAACAGCCAGGGCUUAGUUUCGGAAAAGGAUAUUGCUGAAGUUGCACCCUCCAACGAGUUUGACUGGUUGACCCUUGCUAUCAAGCCCAAUUUGGAAAAGAUCAAAGAGCCUAGUAAUGCUCAAAUUGAUCCAACUGAACACAACAGUGUGGUCACUAUAGCCAGAAUCGUAGGAAUCGUAGACGACACCACCAACAUCAAGUUGACGUUGCAGGCUAUAACCAGAGGAUUGAAGAUUGCACCCAAGAAGAAAACAAGGCCAAACGAACAACUCUUAGAAGUUGACUGGAGCUCAGACAUCCCCGAGUUGAGGCGCCAUUUUAAGUCUUUGAAGGAUAGCAGUCUCGAUUUGUUCAAGGUAAUCGACAAAUUUAUUGUAGACUAUCGUCAAGCUUUGAGCAUCAACUCUGCCAAUGGAAACAAGUCAAACCUCCAGAUAACUAAACCGGGAUCAAGAUAUAAAGGAGCCAAUGGAUCCAGCCAGAAACCUGGUGAUUUGCUUACGUUGAAUCCUUUGGCCAAUGCUUUGUAUCUCCAGUUGGCUGGUUCGAAGGAUUUCUCCAAGGCAUUUCUUAGUUUGCAGAAGUUAUAUGGCCAGUUUGCUUCUGAUGAAAACUUGAAGGUUGACACGAAGUCAUAUUUGAGACUACUUGAUUUGACUUGUGGAAUCUUGCCAUUUCCCAACCACGAGAAGUUGAAAUUGCUCCAUAAAAUUAGCAUUGAUGACAGAGGCAAUGAGUUGAUCAACAUGAUAAACCAGCUAAUCAAGAUCUUUGACACUUUGGAUGGUAACAACUCGUUUGUGAACCAUUGGUUCUAUAACGAAGCAACCAAUAUCCAGAAAGCCAAUGUCGUAGCCAACCAGCUCAAAUCUAUCAGGUUGCUCUUAGAAGGAAUGACGAAUAAGACCAGACCAAUCAGCAACAGAGGCAAUAUCAAAUCGUUCAACAACAGUGAAAAUGGCAAUAACAAUAAAACUAAUGGUUCUGGAAUCACAAGUCGUCGUCCUAAGUCAAAUGAGGAUGGAGGAGAAGUCUAUGAUGAAGAAGAUGAUGAUGAAGAAGAUGAUGAGUUAAGAGCCAUCACUAACUUCAUCAAGUACAAGUUGCCAAAUAUCACGACUUUAAGUCCUGACUCCAAGAGAUUGAUUAUCAAGGAUUUCAAAAGAAUUAGAGCCUCUUCACAAUCUCCUGGAGGAGGUGGUAACUCUGAUUUCCACGUGAUUAGAAACUAUUUGGAGAUCGUCAUGGAUAUUCCUUGGGACAAGUACGUCACUAAGUUCAAGUCCAACAAAGAUAUUGACUUGAACUUUGCCAAGAAACAGUUGGACGAUGACCACUACGGUUUGGAACAUGUCAAGAAGAGAUUGAUUCAGUACUUGGUUGUGUUGAAGCUUUUAGGAAUUAACGCGGAAAAGCAGAUUAGCGAUUUCAGGAAAGAAAAUCAAGUUCCUCUGCCUUCUUCUAGUGGACUGAAUCUAGCCACUCAAAAUAGUCUUGUGCCAGCUUCUUCUAUUGUGAUUGCCAACAACGACGAAACCUCAUUUGCUCACAAACAAGCACAGAACAAGGUAAAGACUUCGAUCAAGGAAAGCAAUAUAGAAAAUCAAACCAACCAGUCGAUUCAAGUUACCAAAUACAACAAGUCGCCUAUUAUAAUGUUGGCUGGGCCACCUGGUACAGGUAAGACUUCGUUGGCCAAAUCUAUUGCCAGUUCUUUAGGAAGAAACUUCCAGAGGAUCUCGUUGGGUGGUGUCAAGGACGAGAGCGAGAUCAGAGGUCAUAGAAGAACCUAUGUAGGAGCCAUGCCUGGUUUGAUUAUCCAAGCUUUGAGAAAAUCUAGAUCAAUGAACCCAGUGAUUUUACUUGAUGAAAUCGACAAAGUCAUUGGUGGAAGCUCUGGAGUGAACAAGUUCAAUGGAGAUCCAUCAGCUGCACUUUUGGAGGUUUUGGAUCCAGAACAGAACACUUCGUUUAUUGAUCACUACCUUGGUUUCCCCGUAGACUUGUCUCAGGUGAUUUUUAUCUGCACUGCCAAUGAGCCUCAUAACUUGACCAGGCCGUUGUUGGAUCGUCUUGAGAUGAUUGAAGUUAGCGCCUAUGACUACAACGAAAAGUUAAUUAUUGGAAGAAAGUACUUGUUACCAAGGCAGGUGAAGAGAAAUGGGUUUCCUGCUUCUGAUCGUAUCGAGGAGUUUGUCAACAUUGACGAUGCCCUGAUGAAGAAGAUCAUUGUAGAUUAUACGAGAGAAGCCGGAGUGAGAAACCUCGAGCGAAAGUUGGGAACGAUUUGUCGUUUUAAAGCAGUGGAAUACUGUGAAGGACUUUCUGGCAAGAGUUUCUACAACCCCAAUGUUGAGGAGGCAGACUUGCCUAAGUAUUUGGGUAUUCCAUACAGCUCUGGAGACUUUUCUUCUAUAGAAACAACCAUUUCGAACAACAGUAGAGUUGGUAUAGUUAAUGGUUUGUCAUAUAACUCGGACGGAUCUGGAUCGGUCUUGGUAUUUGAGACUAUUGGUUUCGACAAGAGAGUGGGAAAUCCAAAUAGCUCCAACACAGGCUGCUCUUUGGUUAUGACAGGUAGAUUGGGUGAAGUUCUCAUGGAAAGUGGAAAAAUUGGUUUGACUUUCAUCAAACUGUUGAUCUAUAAGAACUUGAUACAAGCCAAAGAGCAACCCGACGAUAAGUAUUUGAUUGAAAAGUUCAACAACUUAGAGCUUAACUUACAUGUACCAAUGGGAUCGAUUUCUAAAGAUGGUCCUUCUGCCGGUAUUACAAUGGCAACACUGUUCUUGUCGGUAAUACUUGAUAAGCCAGUUCCAGCGGAUGUCGCCAUGACUGGAGAAAUCACCUUGAGAGGUUUGGUCUUACCCAUUGGUGGUGUUAAGGAAAAGAUGAUGGGUGCUCAUUUGAAUGGAAACAUCAGGCGAAUGAUUGUGCCUCGUGAAAAUCGAAAAGAUUUGAUUGAAGAGUUCAGCAGAAGUGUAGAAGAGGCUGGAGACGUUGUUGAUUCCAACUUGAUGAACGAAUUGUUGAAAGACAAUGAGGAAGCUGAUUUCAAGAUGGAUAAGGUUGAAAAAUUCUAUUUGAAGAGGUAUGGCAUUCAAAUCUUUUAUGCCCGUGAAUUCUAUGAUGUAAUGAAGAUUCUCUGGGGUGAAGACGAUUUGUUGACGAAACCGAAGUCCAACAGAAUCCUCGAAUACCACUUGUAA